GCCUCUCCCCUGACAGAAUGCGGGUUCUGCCAACAUUCGCAAAAUCUUAUGCUCCGAAUCGCAGUCGCGUCAAGAGUUCCAAGGAAAUAACAUUUGAAAUUCCCAGGCACUGAUAAUUCUUUAGAUGCUCCGGCCUCACCAAAACCUCACAACACCGAAGGCGAACAGGAGGAUGAGGAGAUGGGCGGCACAGAGACUGAACCAAAGAAAGAAAGCGAGGGCGCUGAAGAAAAUGCCGACGGCACCGCGCAGUCCGGUACCGAAGGUGCUACAGAAGACCAAUCUGGACAAGGCAAGUCGUCGAUCGAAUCUUCGGCGCGCUCACAUCUUGUUUCGCAAACACAUGCCAUCAUUCUUCCCAGUUAUUCCACAUGGUUCGACAUGCACACGGUUCAUCCGAUCGAGAAAAAGGCCCUCGCGGAGUUUUUUAACGGCAGAAACCGGAGCAAGACUCCCGCAGUCUAUAAAGAUUAUCGGGAUUUCAUGAUCAACACCUACAGGCUGAACCCUAUUGAGUAUCUUACAGUCACCGCAUGUCGCCGCAACCUUGCCGGAGAUGUGUGUGCGAUUAUGCGCGUUCACUCGUUCUUAGAGCAGUGGGGCUUGAUUAACUACCAAGUUGAUCCCCAAACACGGCCGUCCAAUAUCGGACCUCCCUUCACUGGUCAUUUCCGAGUCAUUGCCGAUACCCCACGUGGCCUUCAACCGUUCCAGCCUGGACCAAACCAUUUCAUCAAGCCCGGAAAGCCUCUACCGGCCACUGAGCGUGCGGCUUCAGCUACACCAGCCUCAAAGGCCGAUCUCAACCUCGAAAUACGUCGCAAUGUCUAUGACGACAAGGGCAAGGAGAUUACCCCCGCUGCUGAAGACAAGGAGAAGCAGACAAACGGCGACGGCUCCACCAAUGGUGCCACGGGCGACUCGGUCAAGGCGAUGGAAAGCGCUUCCAAAGAGCCCCGAAAGAAAUUCCACUGCUUCUCCUGUGGUAUCGAUUGCACUCGACUCCGAUUCCAUUAUGCGAAAUCGACCCCAGCCACUGCUAACGCGUCCGCUCCGGAUUCGAAGUAUGAUCUCUGCCCUAACUGCUUCCUACAAGGCCGCAUGCCCUCCAGCCAUAGCGCUUCAGACUUUGUUAAGCUCGAAGACAAUGCGUACUCCAUCAUUCCUGACAAGGAUGCUCCAUGGUCUGACUCCGAACUUGUGCUGCUCCUUGAAGGCCUCGAGAAUUUCGAUGAGAACUGGGAGCAGAUCGCCAACCACGUCGGCACCAGAACGAAGGAAGAGUGUGUUAUGAAGUUCCUGCAGCUUGAGAUCGAGGACAAAUACGUGGAAGAGUUGCCUGAUAUGAGGACCGCUGGUGGACGGGACCCUAUCAGCCAGGCUGAGAAUCCAGUUCUGUCGGUGGUCGCCUUCUUGGCCCAGAUGGCAGAGCCUGCCGUGGCUGCAGCUGCAGCUGGCCGCUCCGUGGAGGAAAUCCGCAAGGAACUCCGGAAGCAGCUUGAGAAGGGUACCGAGAAGAGUCAAGACAAGGGCAAAGAAAAAGAGGGAUCUGGAGUGAAGACGGAGGAUUCCAUGGAUGUGGAUACCUCUGCCGUUGAGGUUGUGGAAACUUCUGAUAAACAGUCUAAGGCUUCGCUCCCCACAGUAGCACUUGCCACCUCAGCAGCCCGUGCUGGCGCCCUUGCCUCUCACGAAGAACGGGAGAUGACCCGCCUGGUCUCCGCCGCUGUUAACGUCACACUGCAGAAAUUCGAAAUCAAGCUGCAGCAAUUCAACGAGAUGGAAGAGAUCAUUGAGGCUGAACGCCGGGAACUUGAACUGGCUCGCCAGCAGCUUUUCCUUGACCGGAUGGCCUUCAAGAAGCGCGUGAAGGAAGUCCAGGAUACUUUGCAAACCGUUAGUCUGCAGGGACCCGGCGAAGACUCGAGCAACCUUCUUGGCGAGGUUGCAACGACGGGAAUCGGGAACCGCUUCAACUUCCAGCCUGCCGGUACUGACGCACGGGCUGGUGUACAGCCUUUGAGUGCGGAGGGAGGUGCUGACUAUAAAACCCUGGACCUGUAAUGGGUGAAUGGCCCUCCAAUGGCAUGCAUAAAUGAAGAACAUUUUGAAAAAAAAAUAUGAACUAUAUUUCCUCACGAUGCAACAGGGAGGUUAGCAGGUUAACAUUAUAAUAUCCAUGUAUUGUACCAUAAAUAUCCUAGGGCCAAAGGGCCAGAUACCAGGGCAAAAAGAUCUGAGGGGAACUCGCCGGGGCUGUUUGGGCGAUGGAUUGAUGGAUGAAUGAUUGGGGUUUGGGUUUACUAG